AUGGUCCUCAGUGUGUCUCUGUGUCCUCCACGACCCCAUGCACUACUCCUGGUCAUUGAUGUGAGUAUGCCAUUCACAGAGACAGACAGAAUAGCAGUGCAGGAACACAUGGAGCUGCUGGGUGAGAGAGUCUGGAGUCACACUAUAGUGCUGUUCACAUAUGGGGACUGGCUGGGAGACACAAGUAUUGAGCAGCACAUUAAGAGUGGAGGAGAGGCUCUGCAGUGGGUUGUAGAGAAAUGUGGGAACAGGUACCAUGUUGUAGACAAUACGAAGAGAGAUGGUGGCCAGGUGACAGAGCUGCUGGAGAAGAUAGAGGAAAUGGUGGCAGGUAACACUGGUCAUCACUUUAACUUUGAUGCAACGAUUUUAAAAGACCUGAAGAAGAAGAAGAAGGAAGAAGAGAUAAGAGCAAAAGAGAGGAAGAUGAAGGUACAGAAGCAGAGAAAGACUCUCAGAUCAUCAGCAGGUGGUGAUUUACACAUCUCAGACAUGAGGGUUGUGCUGCUGGGAAACAUAAUAGCUGGGAAGAGUUCAUCAGGAAACACCAUCCUGGGCAGAGAAGAGUUUAGCACCUCAGGAAGAACAGCUGAGUGUGAAAAGAGAGAAGGAGAAACAGCAGGGAGACGCAUCACUGUAGUGGAAGCACCUGGAUGGUAUUAUAACUGCACUGUAGAGCAAACACCUGAACGUGAUAAACGAGAGAUUGUCCUCAGUGUGUCUCUGUGUCAUCCAGGACCCCAUGCUCUACUCCUGAACGUUAGAAUGGAUUGCUCAUUCACAGGGAAACACAGAAUAGCAGUGCAGGAACACAUCGAGCUGCUGGGUGAGAGAGUCUGGAGUCACACUAUAGUGCUGUUCACAUGUGGGGAAUGGCUGGGAGACACAAGUAUUGAGCAGCACAUUGAAAGUGGAGGAGAGGCUCUGCAGUGGGUUGUAGAGAAAUGUGGGAACAGGUACCAUGUUGUAGACAAUACGAAGAGAGAUGGUGGCCAGGUGACAGAGCUGCUGGUGAAGAUAGAGGAGAUGGUGGCAGGAAACAGGGGCUGCCCUUUCCAGUUGAAGAGUAUGGAGUUACCUCUCUGCCUGAGAGAGCACACACCUGAUGACCGCUCUAGGAGCAGAUCUGGUAACGGGUCUGAUCUCAUAAGGCGCUUCAAGCAACAUUCUGUGGCUGCCUCCACUCAGAGUUCUGGCUACAGCACAGGGAACUCAAUAGAGAAGAGUGGAUCUGGAGAGAUGGAAACUGUGAACCAAAGAAUCAGAGCACGUGUAGGUGAUGACCUUCCUCAACAGAAUUUAAACUUGAGACCAGAACAUGGAAAAGGACAUGCAACUAAGGAGAAAGUCCCAGAGAGCCGGAAAAAAAUGUGUUUUGUGGAUGCCUCUACAAUAACUGUGAACUACAAUAAUUUAAUUGGAAGAGGAGCAUAUGGAGCAGUUUACACAGGCUCAUACCAGGGAACUCCUGCUGCUGUAAAGGUCUUGCCCAUUGGAGAUAGUUCAGUCAUUACAAAUGAGUUUCUCAUACCUUUGUAUCUGUCUCACCCCCAUAUUGUGCGGAUGAUGGCUGUAACCAAAAGUGAGACACAGAUUCUCAUUGUUAAUGAGCACAUCCAUGGUGCCAACUUACAGCAAGUUAUUUACCAAGACACUCCCAUCAAGUUACAGCAUGAGGAUAAGCUGUUUGUGGCUUUAGAGAUUGCUAUGGCAGUUGAGUACAUACAUGGAAAACAAAUCAUCCACCAAGAUCUGAAGCCAGCAAAUAUAAUGAUUGCAGCAGAUAACAGAAAGGCCUAUCUCACUGACUGGGGCUUGGCAAACUGCAAGGGAACCAUCUUAAUGACAACAGGACUUCACACAGGUCCAGUGGGAGGAACCCAUCCCUACAUGGCCCCAGAGUGCCUAGUAGAGUGUGAGAAAUGCAGCACAAUGUCAGACAUGUGGUCUCUUGGCAUCACCCUUCUGGAGAUGUUCACAAACUCUAAACCUUGGUCAAGCAAUGACCUGCAAGAAAUACGUAAGCUUCUUUAUGAUCGCCAGAGUCCUCAUGCUCUGGCUAAACUACAGCCUGCUCUUAAGGACAUUUUGAAACCAUUGAUUGAAUAUAAACCCCAGUCGCGCAUGAAUGUCAAAGAUCUGGUGAUACGGUUGAAAUCAAAAGUGGAUCUCACCAAAAGAUAUGGGUUCAAAUGGUAAAGACAAGUGAAGGAUCAAGCAAUCUUUUGCAGGUGUUGUAUAUAAGGUGUAGUCUAGCUAAACUAAGACCUCUAGGCCUAAUUCAUUUUCACCAAGCUUAUUACUUUGUGUAUGGCUGACCUCAUUGCAGUCAUUUUGACUGUACGUUAUAAAUAGGAAAUGUAAUCAUAUUUUUGUAAUUUUUGUCAACAUUACUUUCCUCCAGAUGUUGAUCAAAUGUAUGCUGUGCUGUGAGUGUUUCUCAGUUUCUCAAAUUUCUCAGUUCAGUAAAAUAAAACCAUAUGCAGUAUGGAGUUCAAUGAGCACAAUGAAAUGCUAGACAAUCAUUAUUGAAGGCUGUGUACCCAUGACAUGCGUAACCUAUGGCAUUUUCCAAUGCAUGGCAGCACCCAGACAUGGGAAAAACUUAAGUGUUAGUGUUUCACUGGUUUAGUCACAGCUUUCCUGGAGAAUACAUGUUUACAGUGUAAGAACGGAAAGGGUUUGAUCUGUAAACUGCCAUCCUUUCACUUUUGGCUCCAAGUAAGAAUUUUGUCCUGUGCCUACUUCCUUGAUUA